AUGCCAUCUCCGUCCCUCCUCCUCCCGCUCCACCUGCCGCCACUCCGCCCGCGCCUCGCCGCCUCCUCCCCCUCCCCCCGCUACCCGCCCCCCUUUCUCAGAACCCUACCACCGCUGGCCCCCACUCCUCGCCUCGCCCUUCCCGCCGCGGCGGCUCGCUCCGGCGGGGGAGGUGACCGCGAGGGAAACCGGGGCGCGGCGGGGGACCGCGGGCGCGUCAUCCCCAUUGCGCGGUGCUACGAGGCGGGCCUCGCGCGGCUCGAGGUCUCCGGCGCCGCGCGGCGGGAGCAGGCGGUCGCGGCCGCGGCGGCGGCCGACGGUGGGGCGGCGGCGGAGGCGCACCUCGGCGCCGGCUCCGAGGCCAUGGUCAUGGAGGCCUUCCUCCCCGGAGCCGGUGGCGCCGCGUCCACUCGAGUGAUUUUGCAAGCCAAGGAAGUCAAAGAGAAGGCCGCUGAGAUAAAGAAGGACUUUGGUGAUGAUAUUUUCUCUGAAAAUGAACCUGAUUCCGAGAGUAUCUUGGCUAUGGCCCUCAAGCAAGUUGUGAUGCAGAAGCUUUCAAACUAUCGGCUAGAAAUCUUCUCCCCAGGUUCAGGGAGGAACAUCCAGGACUGGAGCAAACAACGGAAGGUUCCUGUGGAUUUUAGCAUCAGUUCAUCGGAUGAAAAACUUCUAUCCGCUCUUGCUGAAGCAAUUUUCUCAUGUGUCAUUGAGGAUACCGAAAAGAGUUACCUCGGUGGCACAGGCGGGUUUUUUCAAACGCAGAAGCUGAACUGCUCAUCUGAUUCCACUGUUUGUAUACACAGAAUUUCCGAGGCAGAAGUUGCAAAUAACGCUAGGAGAUGCUUGGAGAGUUUUAAUCUUACCAAGUCCUCUCAUGAAGUGGGCAGAUCAAAGAAUGCAUGGUGGCCAGCCCCAAAAUAUGGAAGGUUGGCGGAGAUCGGGGGUCCUGAUUUUAUCCUUUGGGCCCAUGAGUUCGUUCCUUCUUAUAAACUGCAAAUUAAUGCCAAUGCAUUUGAGAAUACGAAGCUUGAGGGCUGUCAUGAGUUAGCAAAUAAUAGGUGGGAAGUUCCCAUAUCCCACUUCCAACUGGUGGAACUAGGGAAUGUUGUUGACAUGUAUUUUGAGGAUCAAUUUACGAUUCCUGGAAAAACUUUCCGUUCUCACUGGAAUGCAGAACCAUCCAAGAUUAGAAGGAACAAUGGUUAUUUGAACAACCUUUUUUCUUUCUUGGCUGGUUGUUCUGUUAUUUUUAUUGUCGGCGUCGUUGCUCAGUUAUGCUGGCCUCAAUCUCUUAAAGGCAAAAGGUUGUUUAUGGGCAGUUCACCCACCUCAUCAUCACAGAGCUAUUGUUCUGAUGUUCAUUCUCUGGAUAAUAGUGAGGUACGAGGUUAUUGCAUAUCUGUUGUUAAGAAAAUAAAAGAUUCAUGUGGUUGCCCUGGGGAUAUAGUGGUUGAUGAAAAUAUUGGUGCUUGGAUUGGAGAACUGCCUGACUGCUUCAAGGCCAUCAAUCUUGGCGAUAAUGCUGCUUCUGAUGAUGCUCAGUAUUCCUGUACUGUUAUCAAAGAAAAUAAGAACCCAUUGGUAUCAACUCCCACCGAGAUGACUUCUCAUCUGGAACAAAACGAUAAUACCCAGGAAAGUCUGCAGAACAUUGCUAGCUUUCAGGUGGUGAUGUCAGAAGAAGGUAAAUUGCUAGGUUUUCAGCCAACAAGCCGCCUAGCUGUGAACCAUUGGGCCGAAAAUCCACUAGCAGCACUGCUGUAUGAGGGGCGGAAGCUUUCUCCAGCUUUUCUGGAGCCUAGGCUUAAAAUUUCCCGUCCUGCUAAGGUUGUCCCAAUUGAGUUGUUGAUGUCGGUAAAUUCAGAAUCUUUUUUUGCUUUGGCGAGGCCUGUUCAAGAUCCAUGCUAA